AGCUGACAACAGGAAUGGCUUCGUGUUUCCUCUGCGCUGCUGCUCUCUGAAACAUGGUGCUCUCUUUACCAGGUUUAACUCCCGAAUUCACCGAGGAGCACCUGCGGGACUUGAACACACCGAGCCCAGGGCACGGAGAGUGUGAGGCGGGAGCAGCGGCCACACCAUGCUCCUCCUCCAGCUGCCGGAGGAUGUCCUCUAUCACAUCCUGUCUUAUCUGGACUACAGGUCUCUGAGCCGUCUCUCUCAGGUCUGUAGAAGCCUGUGUCGCUUCGUGAACCGGGACGCUGUGUGGAGGAGGAUCGCCAGAGAGUUUCUGAACACGGGGAUCAGGCGGGACGGGACGGACAUAUAUCCUCAUAUCCCGCUGAAGGAGAGAGUGAAGAUAGCUCAGAACUGGAGGGAUGGGGUCUGCAAAAGGGCGAUUCUUCUCAAAUGGAAAACAAAACUGUUGCCAUGGUUGCAGCUGGAUGGGGAUGUACUGUUUCUGUCUCAGGCUGCUGAUAUUGGAGCGUACCAUUUGCGCCAAGACUCAGGGAGACUCCAGCGUAACCCAUUUGAAAUCUACUCAGGCCAUAAUGGAGACGUGUGUCACUUUGUUCUGACGGACUCUCACCUGAUCAGUGGUGGAAGCGAUGGCAAGAUCCUGGUCCACAGCAGGACCAGUGACGUGUCGGUGGAGUUAUCAGGACAUAACCAGGAAGUCAACUGCCUGGACUCUAAAGAUGGACUCAUCAUCAGCGGAUCCAGGGACCGAACAACGCGGAUUUGGACCUCGACUUCCAACUGCCCCAAAGACACAAUCCCCAUGUACGACAGAGUGUGGUCUGUUGCCAUCAGUCCAGCACUGAGCUCCUUUGUAACAGGGACGGCGUGCUGCGAGAACUUCUCCCCUCUUCGCAUCUGGGAUGUUGAGCGGUCGGAGUGUGUGAGCAGUCUGGGUUCAGAGUUUCGCCGCGGGGCCGGUGUGUUGGACAUGGUGUUUGAGUCUCCAUUCCAGCUCUUCACCUGCGGCUACGAUACCUUCAUUCGACUGUGGGACCUCCGACUCAGCCCACGGAAGUGUGCGAUGGAGUGGGAGGAGCCUCAUGACAGCGCUCUGUACUGCAUCCAGACGGACGGAAAUCACAUGAUCGCCAGCGGCUCCUCGUACUACGGUGUCGUACGACUCUGGGACAAACGGCAGACUGAAUGCCUGCAGUUCUUCCAGCUGAGCACAGACCCAGUGAGCAGCCCGGUGUACUGCCUGAGGUUCAGCAGCACUCGCCUGUACGCAGCCCUGGCCACCGCCCUGCACUCACUGGACUUCAGACAGAACCCCGUCUAUAUCAGAUGAUACACACACACACACACACACACAGCUCAAAUUUAUCAGUUUAAUAAAGGUGUCUAUUUUCACAAUAAAAGUUUUCACAUUUUAAAAUGAACUGAUGUUGCUUCGUUUUGUUCGCUGCUCUGGGUUUGGAAGAACUGAAGCUUUGUGUUUAAAGGGGCAGUACCAUAAAGUUGUAGGACACAUGAGAGAAAGGAGAACAAUCUAAAUCAAAGCAGCAGAGGCAGAGAGAUCCUGAUUUCUGGUCCCUGGUGUCUGGAUCCGACAUUUCCCAUGUGCAACUGGAUAGCAUCUUGGAUAGCAGUGGCCCAUGUCUUUUGAAAUACUUUUUGUAACACAGACUUCCUGUUAUAAAUUUGUAACCCUGAUGACAUCACUAUGACAUCAGCAGCAGCAAAAUAUGAAGAUUCAGGGCUGCGGUUGAAAAAGGUUUUUCUUUUUCUUAUGAAGGUUGAAACUGAUGAAAUGAGCUGAAGUCUCUGAGCAGCACCAUGAUCACAGCUGCUCCACUUCUCUACAUGAGGAGGAAAGGAGCUUCAAUGCUUCCUAUCUUAUCUCCUUUAGCAGAGGAAACACUGGACCUUCCUUUAGGAAAGGAAAGGAGAAAUGCUGUCCCACAAAAACGAUGUAGGAUCGAGUUUGUUGUACAAUGUGAGGAUGCAAAAGCUCUGUGCAAUAUAUUUCAUUAUUUUCAAUACUUCUUUUUUGUUUUAGUGUGAAUGCUAUUACUUAUUUUUCUGUUUGCACAUUAUGUAAAUAUCUUUACAAAUGCAAGUACUUAUAAUGUACAUACCUUCUUAUUUAUGGUUGAUUUGUUAUUUUUCUACUUUAUACUAUUAUAACUUGUUUUUCUUCUACCUCGUUUGAAGUGAAUUUCCCCAGUGUGGGAUAAAUAAAGGUUUAUCUUAUCUUAUCUUCCCCACUCAGUCCAGAACUGAUGGAAAUCCUUGUCUGAUCCACUGAAACCCAAAUCCAUAAAUAUAGAUUUAUUCUCUUUAAAUCCAGUCAGGAGUCGUCAUGAGGAACAAGCAGAUUUAAUUUAUAUUUAACAAUAUCAUCAUGAUAACAAAAUACUACAGUCUAUACAUAAAUGUUGUUUCACUAAGUCUCAUCCCAAUUUGUAAAGCACUAAAAAUGAAUUUUCUCAUCUAAACAAAUGUAAAAAAAAAUGUCAAAAGCCUAUGCCAGGAAUCUCUAUAUACCUAUGUCUGAAUAUAAUUUAUUCUGGCGUCUUUAUUGUCUCAACUUUCUCUAUUUGUAUUUUUCUUUCAUGCUAUCUAAUUUCAACAUUUCAAUCCUGUUUGCUUUGUUUUUGUGGUUAGGAAAUGAGUAUUUAUCGUCCGUGUGUUCUAAAUAAAAUUAAUUUGAAAAGA